CCACUUUGCUGGAGGAACGUCCGUGAGAAGAGCGGUCACGUCGCGGCAGGACGUCCCCACGAAAUUAGGAAAACAAAACAACAACAACAAAGCAAAAAAAAACAACCCCCAAACAAACCAAAAAACACCCGGAUCCCCUGCACCGUACCGUCCUGGAACACAAGCUCUUAAAACCUUUCCCUCCUUCACAAAUAAAUGCCCAGCAUAGAUCACAGAGAAGCGAGACACGCGAAAAACAAGGACCACUAUCCAAACGGAGAGAUAAGACCAUCGGCCAUAAAGCCUCGACGUAAGCGCACGAAGCUGCGUUGUCGUUGCCUUCUCAAUGCAUACGCUUUGUGCUCGGGGGACGAUGAAGCCUGAGAUAAGCGCCGCCGUCGGAUUCCUCUCGAGAUUCCUGCGGGUAAAAGGACAUGUGAACGACCGACAGCUACAGACCUUUAGCCAGACCCUACAGGAUAUGCUGGCAGAGCAGUACAAGCACCACUGGUUCCCCGACCGUCCCUGCAAGGGUUCAGGCUACCGCUGCAUCCGCAUCAACCACAAGAUGGACCCGCUGGUGGGCCAGGCCGGCCAGCGCAUCGGCCUGAGCAUCCAGCAGCUCUACCUGCUGCUGCCCAGCGAGCUAACGCUCUGGGUCGACCCCUUCGAGGUUUCCUAUCGCAUCGGGGAGGACGGCUCCAUCUGCGUGCUGUACGAGUCGCAGCCUGCUGCCACCUCUGCCCCUGCUGGGACGGGCAGCUCCGUCUCAUCGGCGCCCCCUCUGGUGGACAGUCACAUCAGCUGCAAGGAGGAACUGCUGGUGCUGAGCCGCACCAGCCCGGCCAAGCCCUACAUGAUGACCGUGUCCAGUUAAAAGGGUUUCUGCGCCGCGGCCGUUAUCUCAGAUGACAUGAAAUGAGGAAUGGAGGAAAAAAAAUCUCGAAAAAAAAAAUCUGGCAAAAAAGUAAAAAAAAAAAGAGCAGACGAUGUGGCCUAGUGUUCAGAUGAUGGAAACUGCGUAGGUAUAAAUUUCAUUUGUUUGGUUGUCUGUUCGGUGUUUGUGUUGGAUCAACCAGAGGCUCAGACCCUGGGGCAGCUAUGAAGAACCAAGACAGCUCCCCCUCCUGGAGAGACUGGCCUGUACUCCUGCGACCAGCUCGGGGGCUUUUUACUCUCGUCCAUCUUUAUUGACUGCACUUUUGCUAACGUUAUUAUUUUUUCAUCUCGCCGUCAGCAGUACGUGCGUGAAUUUGGUCUGUCUGAAACCCAGGCAUGGCAACGACAUGGCACUAAGAGCUGCCUGCCGUCGCCCCACUCCCACGUUUUUCAGUACUAAAAUGUUUAUUUUAUUAUCUUUUUUUAAAGCUCACGCCUUUCUCACGGCUCGGCGGCCAGUGCGCUGCCGUCGGCCACGUUUGACCUCUCGUCCUGGGCUUCGGCUGGACCCGUCUGAAGUUUCAGAAAGCCCUUGUUCUCGAUACUGAUUCUCUGGAAUGCCCAUGUCACUCUGUCUGCCGUGGCUAUUGUCAUCCACACCGCGAUGAAAAUGUUCUCGCGCAUGUACCUGCCGAGAGGGAGAGGAGAUACUCCUGUCCCCCCUCGGGUGAGUGUCACUUAAAAAGAAAACCGAUCUAACUUAACUAGGCCCUUAUGUCACAUCGAAAGAAAGAUGUAGCGUGGCUGUCCAGGUGUUUUAGACAGCCUAGAAAAAUGACGAAUGCACUUUGACAUUUAGAUUGCGUGGGGUGUUCAUUUUAAAAUGGCCACAUUCCAACUUUUUGAAUGUCCCAACUCUUUAUCAGAUCAUCAACCCGUAUGUUUCAUAUCUGAUUUUUUUUAAAUUUGUUUUUAUAUAUUUUCUUUGUGAAAUAUGUUUCUGCUUGAUCUCCAUCUAACUGUAGUGCAUAAUGCUUUAUCACCAGAAAACAAAAUUUUAGACCGCAGGCCAGUAUCUCAAAAUCACUGUAGAACCGAAGUGAUCUUAGGUUGUAAGAGGCCUUGUUCUAACUUUUUAAGAUGAUUUAACUCUACAGUCUCUUUUGGAGUCUGGGCCCGGGGGUGUUAAGCAGUGUGGUUUUAACUUUUUAGACAAUUUAGACACACACAGAGACCAAGCUGUGUGAGAGUAGCUCUUUGCUUGUAUGACUCUUUUUCUCUGCGGUGAAAUGAGAAGCGUGUGGAUGGAGAUCCAGCAUGCACUGGUCGCUGGGAGUGUGGGGUAGAGGCGUGGCCCACCGUGUGAGCCUGCUGAGGCACAGAGAUCCAUCCUCUGUUCGGUUUUCCUCCCAGUGGGGGCGUGGCAGGGCCAGGCUAGAGACGGGAGGAGGGGGCUGCCCUUCCUCUCUUUUACUCGCAGCACACUUAAGUCCAGGGCUCGGACUGCAGCUCCGUACGGGCUCGCCACCGGGCAUUUGGCCCCGGCGCUCGCCGACAGCGGACAGGCAGGGCCGGUGCUGGACGCAGUCAGACAAAGAACGGGGCCCCUCCCCUUUCCCCGCCCACCCUCCCCACCCCCUUCAGAGAGCUGCUUGGGGCGCACGGUGACACAUAUCAUAUCUCUCCCCGGACUGGGUGGAGGAGGGGGUCAGACACCAGACCAGGGCAGCUACAAUACCUCCCCCAAGCCGACCCCCCCCCCCACCUCCGGUUCUACCCCCCCACACGCUUGGACCAGCCAGGAGGAGAGGUCUGCCAGCACGCACACCUGAGUGCGUUCCUCACCCACUGAGCCUUACUGAGAGGGAGAGAGAAGGAGACCACAGUUAGUUACCUCCUAGCCUCUGGUCACAGCGCUGCUGAUGGAUUCAGGUUGAAUCUGUUUACAUGAGAUCAGACAUGUACUGGUAUGAGUGGACUUGAGCAAGACAAGGUUGGACCGCAGGAAGACAGCCGCACGCAUGUGUAAGUGAGUGUGUGUGUGUGUGUGUGUGUGUGUGUGUGUGUGUGCGCGCGAGUGUGUGUGUGUGUGCGCGCGAGUGUGUGUGUAUGCAUUUUAGAAAACUAUGGCCUGGGCUGUUAAGCUACUGAGGCAGGGUGACAAUGAUGAGUCCUGUAUUUGUUCUAAUACCUUAGACCCUAGAAUAUCAUGGGUAAUGAAGCCAGGGUGCUGAUGCACUGCCCUCCUCUCUCUCUCUCUCUCUCUCUCUCUUUCUCUCUCUCUUGUGUGCACGCAAGUUUUGUCAGCUCUCUGCUGGUGCUCCCCCGUUGCUUGUGGCAGAGGCUCUUCGUUCUGCCUUGGUGGAUAGCGGCACGCAGGCAUAAUUGCUAAUUCUCAUUGUGAACAAGGGCCGAUGCAAUUCUCCACGGCAUGUUGACGAAGCCUCAGAUGCUAUUUUUGGGCCUGCAUAAAGACAGGAGGCUUCGGACAUAGCACACUGUCCCACUUUUCAAAAGGCAUUGCAAAAGCUUGGACAGGCAGCAUUCCCCUGAUUCUCCAGAGGGUUUUUUUUUUUAUUAAGAGCAUUUUACUCCAAACUGGUGAUCUUAACCAAAUUCGAAUGGACAAUUCAGUUGUUUUUAGACCUACGAUGUAAAGUUACCACCCCCUUGGAUCCCGAGCCUCGUUUAAGUUAUUCUAGCCUUGCCGCAAAUAGGCUUCAGUAAUAUCAGUAAAGUGUUCUGGAAAGUUGGUGGAAAGAGCACUUAAAAUGCACUAAUUUGUUAACAUUGAAGUUAUAUGACAUUGAGAUGUGAAAAGUCUCUACAGGAAUGUACUGCCAAACUCAGGCCUCCGACAUUCAUUUAAAACCCUUGUGGAGAAGUGCAUGUUAAGAUGUGAAAAAUGGAAGGGAAUUAUUUAGUUCACUGUUGUUUUUUUUUUGUCUUUUUCAGCGAUUAUUAGAAUUAUUGUCACUUUCACAUUUGGGGUGUUUUGGAUAUUUGUAGAAUGUAUUGUUAAUUGUACAACAUAUGGUAGAAUACAUACAUAACAUUACACAUGGAAAGUGCCAAUAAUUAAUUUUUUGAGGUGUCUAAGUGUGUUCCUUUUUGUAUUUCAUAUUUUAACACAGAUUUCUCUUUCAUAAGUGAAGCCAUUUGUGUCAGGAGUGUUGGCGAGGACCAAAGUUGUUUUGGUAAAAAAAAAUAUAAGUUUCCAUGCUCUGUGCCGAUAGACUUAUCCUUUGUUGUUGUUUUUUUUCUUUUUUACUUAUAAAACAAAAAAAAUCUGAGCAGCCCAAGAUGAAAAGUUCUCUGUAUUGUGAUCUCCUGGCAGUACAUGUUUUAUUGUGUUUUUUUUUCUUUUCCUUGGGUAUGUUGUAAUGAACUGCUGUAAAUUUGUACAGUUCAUGUAAAUUGAUCGUGGGGAAGUUGUACAGAUUUCUAUAUUUUGAAAGAAAUUUUUUUUUCUCUGUAAUAAAAGAUUUCCUAUCUUGGCAAUGUU